AAUCCCGCUCAUAGGAAAACUGGGUGUGUGAAAAUGGCAAGUGCACCACGCUUUGCUGGAUUAUAAAGAUCUCUUUUAUCUCCUAUUCUGUUUUUCUUUUUUUAAAUUACGGAAGAAGAUAAGAAAGCUGGGAACCUCUGCUCAAUAACAAACACGUUUGGGUGUCGGGCAAGAAAGCCAAAGCCAGGGCUCCCCUAAUGAGGAAUCCCUCCUCACAGUCCUCUGUGAUUAUACAAGCAGCCACAUGGAAAACCGGCGCUGUCAGCAUCUUCCACAGCCCAAUGGCCAGCCAGGAGAGGCCCCAGCUGGAGCCCGGUCUGAAUGUGAGUCCCCACUGCUUUCCGGAGCCACCUCGCUCAUCUCCCUCACCCAGACGGAGGAGCUCUUUGAUCUGAUAGCCAGCUCACAGAGCCGCCGACUAGACGACCAGAGGGCCAGUAUAGGAGAUCGGCUGGGUAUCACGAUAGCACAGAACAGCAUUGGCCAUCAUUGUGAAGCCUGUAAUCCACAGGAGCUUAGUGAUGAAUUCUUUAACAUGCUCAUAAAAUAUCAGUCCUCCCGGAUCAAUGACCAGAGGUGCUCACUGCCUCCAGUUCCGGAUCCAGAUGAAGACUUUUUCAGUCUCAUUCAAAGAGUACAGGCUAAACGAAUGGAUGAACAGCGAGUCUCCUUCCAUCCUGAUGAGGAUGAUGCCACAGACUCUGACCCCAAGUCCAAGCCAGCCAGUUAGAGACUGCAGCAUGUAAGAGUGACUUCUGCUGCCAUGUUUAAGUACUGACAUUGAUGAGCUCAUCCUGGUAGAGAACUCUAUACCAAAGUCUGGGCGGACUUUGGUGGAACUAGUUGAAGUCCCAACUUGGCCCAGAUUUGUGGCAUAAAGUCUGGAAUACAGUUUCUCAAUCCUAGAGCAUCACUGCAAAAGCACAUUUUAGUGUCUUCUCUCCUCCCAGCACACCUGAAUGAACCCAUUAACUCAUUAACGGGUCCCUCAUGUUCUAACAUGGACAGUCUCAUGAGUUUCAAAAGAGUGUGUUACAGUAGAAAACAUGCUCAAUUGUAUAUGGAACAGGUACCUUAGAAAACACUUCUAGAAAACAGGCCUAAAUAUUAUUAGACCAUUAGACCACAUUGUCUGAGGGAAUGGGGAAAAAGAAUCUGCUCUGCAAAUAUGUUUGUUCAGAUUCCAGUUCAACAAGCCACCAUGGAAAAUGUCUUAAUAAUUUUUAAUGGUAAUUCUACUAACUGUCAGUGUCACAGCAACUGUCACACAUUUUCAUUUUCAGGUCAAGUGGAAAAUAAUGUCCCACCACACUCUGAAUAUGAAUCUGUUGGGUCCGAGCAGAUGGCAGUGAUGUAUUUAGCAUAUGGUAACCUAUCAUGGGACCUCUGGGUCAUUUGGCUUCAAUAAACUUAUUCAUAAGAAAAUUAAUAAAGCAAAAAAUAGUAAUUAACUACAGAAGGCACACUCCAAUCCAAAAACUAUUAAACUAAGCUUGAACGAUG